ACUCAAGUUUGAAGUUGUAUUCUCAUUUCUCAUUAUAAAUUUUAUUUUUAGUAAAUAACUUAUAUUUAUUUUUUACUGUCGUAUCUGGAGCUUUCAGCUUAGUGUAUUUGUUGUUCAGCUAUGUUAUUUGUAUUAUGUUAAGAAUUACAGUUUAAUUCUGCAAGGCAGGAAUUUUUACUAUUGUCCAGUGCUAACUGAAAGUUAUGAAUAAUUUAGUAUGUCUAUAUUAAAAAUUAACGAUUAUUGUAGUAUGCCUUUUACCGCAGAAAUUUGUGAAGAUGAUUUUUAUACCUAUUCAAACAUCGCUAAUUUAUUAUCUAAAUGUGAAAAGGAUAAAGAAAAAGUUAUAAAGAUUCGUACUAUCGGUAUCUUAGAAAGUAUUAAUGGCCGAUUCUUCAUAAAAGAUGUGGAUUCUGCUAAUAAUGUCGUACCUAAGCUUUUUGUCUCCAUGGCUUAUAUAAAGACAUCAUUGCAUUCAUGUAUCAUUCCAUAUACUGUUCAGCUUUUUGGUACAUUGCAAUGGAUAAGCCAACCAGUUAUACAUGCCCAAAUAGUACAGGCACUGAACACGACUUCAGCAUUGCGCCUUAAUGAUGUAAUGCAGAAAAUAUGUCAUAAGCAUUUAGCAAAAUUUGCAAAUUAACAUUCAGGAAUUGUUUGAAUGUUUAACUAUUUAUAUUUGUGUUACUAAUAUAUCAGAAACUGUUUUUACCAAUAUCAAACUAUGAACAUCUAUAUUACUGAAAAUAAAGGGCCAUAGAUAAUAAAAAAAGUUAUUGGAAAGAAUACAUAUUUAUUACAUCUUAAAUAAAUACAAUAUUUAUUAACAAGACAUUUACAACAUUCCAUAACCGUCCACACCACUAAGUGUUAUAAAAAAUAGAAUUGGCGAUUACAUAUACAAAUUAAUUUAACAUAUCAAGCUGUAUAUGGGUAUCAUAUUGCUUUAUUAUAUUGAACAUUUUUGGAAAUUUUUGUACCUAUAU